AUGGCUUCUACAUCGGCGGCGGCUGUAUUACUCGGCAGACAGUUGAAACAGAUGCAGUCAGACAAAGAUAUACCGGGUAUCAGCUGUGGGCUCGUGGAUAACAAUGUCUUCGAGUGGGAAGUAAUGCUCAUGAUCAAUGACGACUGCAAAUAUUAUGGCGGAGGAUUCUUCCGUGCUCGCUUGUCGUUUCCUCACGAAUACCCUCUGAUGCCCCCCAAGAUGAAGUUCGAAACCCCAAUAUUUCACCCAAAUGUCUACCCGACAGGGGAGGUCUGUAUAUCUAUCCUCCACCCUCCAGAGGAUGACCAAUACGGAUAUGAAUCUGCAGCUGAGCGCUGGAGUCCCGUACAAAGUCCCGAGACAAUUCUGAUAUCUGUCAUCAGUAUGCUGAGUUCUCCGAACGACGAAUCACCCGCCAAUGUCGAUGCAGCCAAGAUGUGGAGGGAAGAUCCCAAAGGUUUCCGAAGAAAGUGUCAAAGACUGGUGAGGGAAAGCCUAGGGGACGACUAA